CAUCUCCUACAAGACUCAUUUGCUCGAACCCACCUCUCACCAUGUCUGCCCCCAAACUCAUUGUCCACCAUCUCCAGGUCGGCCAAGGAGAGCGCAUCCCAUGGCUCCUCGAAGAGCUCAACAUUCCGUAUGAGCUGAAGCUCUACCAACGCUCACCUCUAACCUCACCACCUGAGCUGCAAGCCGUCUACCCCAUCGGCGCCUCUCCUAUAUUCGAGGACCUUACAGACCCCUCGAAUCCCGUCAAGUUUGCCGAGUCUGCCGCCAUCAGCGAGUACAUUAUCCACAAGUACGGCAAUGGGCGGCUGGCUCUCGCACCGCAGCACAAGAACUAUGCAGACUACCUGUACUGGUUCAACUUUGUGAACUGCACCCUCCAGCCCGCUAUGCUCACAAAGAGCAUGGUGCGGGGUAUGACGGGCAGCGAUGAGGAUCCCACAUCCAAAGCCUAUAGUGCACGCGUCUCUAACGGACUGAACCACAUGAACAGCCGUCUAUUGAGCAACACGUGGCUCGCUGGCGAUGAGUUUACUGCCGCCGACACCAUGUCGGCAUGGGCUAUGACGACCAUGCGCAAGUUUGUGCCCAUCGAUCUGAGCGACUAUCAGGGUAUUCUGGCAUGGCUGGAUCGUAUUGGUAAGCGUGAGGCAUAUAGGCGCGCUAUGGGCAAGUCAGACCCAGGCCUGAGCAUUGAUGAAGGCCUCAGCGCAAAAGGGCCGCCAUUGCACGAGGCAUUCGCAAAGGCCAUGGGGAUCAAGCAAUGA